AUGGGUACAGCUCUUUUCCUCCCUGCCAUCGUCUGCUUGUUGCUAGCUCUGCAAUGGGGUGGCACCAUCUAUGCCUGGGAUAGCUGGCGUAUCAUUUUGUUGUUUUGCUUUUUCGGUGUUCUCAUUCUCGUCUUUCUAUUUGUCCAGUACACACAGAAAGACAAUGCUACAGUGCCACCACGAAUUUUCUUCCGCCGCACUGUUUGGUCGUCUGCCCUUUACAGUUUCUGCCUCGGUGCUGCCUUCCUCGCCUCUGUCUACUUCUUGCCCAUCUGGUUCCAAGCCGUGAAAGAUGCCAGCCCCGUCAGCUCAGGUAUCAUGAAUCUACCCAUGCUGAUUGCCGUUGUGGUUGCCUCCCUCUUGUCGGGAGCCAUCGUCACCCGCAUCGGUUACUACACACCCUUCAUGAUUCUCGGUACAAUCCUCCUCUCUAUCGGCUACGGUCUCAUGAGUAUGUUCCACACAAACACAUCCAAAGCUGUUUGGAUCGGCUACCAGAUAAUUGCCGGGGCCGGGGCCGGUGCUGGUAUGCAGCAAUCUAUGAUCGCUGUCCAGGUUGUUCUUGAUCUUUCUGAUAUACCUACUGGCACGUCCAUCAUCGUCUUUGCCCAGACUCUUGGCGGUGCUCUCUUUGUUUCUAUCGGAAACACCGUUUUCAGGAACAAGCUUGUUGAGUAUCUCGCCAACUAUACCCCCAACGUGGAUACGGCGUUGAUCCUCGAGACUGGCGCCACUGGCCUUCACAGUGUCGUCGACAAGGCCGACCUACCCGGAGUCCUGCUUGCUUACAAUGACGCUCUCACCCAGACCUUCAUUGUCGGUGCAGCUGUGGCCUCCAUCAGCAUCAUCGGUGCUUUGUGUGUGGAGUGGAAGAGUGUCAAGGGAAAGAAUAUUACCGCAGGAGCAGCAUGA